AUGCGCACACCAAUUAUAUUAUUCGGGUUACUGUCAUUAUGCAUUGCAAAUUCGCUUCGAAACCUUUCAUAUCAGGACGAAGAAGGACCGCCAUCCACAGCACCAGGAGUAAGAAAACGACGGAUGAUGUCUGAGGAAGAUCAAAAAGUCGUCGAUUAUUACAUGGAUAAACUGAAUAAACUGGCAGACGAGAAGCAUCCCGAGGAACUUCAACAAAGAAUCGAAUCUCCAGAACUGAAAUCAUGGAAUCGUAUGCGUGACAGCGUUUUCAAUCCAGAAGAACAAGGGAAAUUCUUCCAGGGAGACAUCGUUCUGUUUCCAGAACAAGCAAAAUCUUUGUAUGAGCAAGCACUCGUAGAAGGAAAAUCUAGAGUCAAAAGAAAGUUUAUUGGAUCAAAUCUGAGACGUUGGGAUGCAAGUCGUCCAAUUGUUUACGCGUUUGAUGGAAGUCACACCCAACGUGAGCAAAGAAUUAUUGAGCUAGCACUGGAACACUGGCACAACAUCACCUGCUUGAACUUUGAGAGAAACGAUCAAGCGAAUUCUGGAAAUCGAAUCGUUUUCACUGACGUUGAUGGGUGCGCUUCUAACGUUGGAAGACAUCCACUCGGAGAGGAACAGCUUGUUUCAUUGGCACCAGAAUGUAUCCGUUUGGGAGUUAUUGCUCAUGAAGUGGCACAUGCUCUUGGAUUCUGGCAUGAGCAAUCAAGACCGGAUAGAGAUCAAUAUGUGACUGUUCGAUGGGAAAACAUUGACAAAGAUUCAAAGGGACAGUUCUUGAAAGAGGAUCCAGAUGAUGUUGAUAACGCUGGAGUUCCAUAUGAUUAUGGAAGUAUCAUGCAUUAUCGUUCAAAGGCAUUCUCAAAAUUUGAUGAUUUGUACACUAUCAGCACUUUUGUAACGGACUAUCAAAAAACAAUUGGUCAACGUGACCAACUCUCCUUCAACGACAUCCGACUGAUGAACAAGAUCUAUUGCUCGGCAGUUUGUCCAACAAAACUUCCAUGCCAGCGGGGUGGAUACACUGAUCCACGACGUUGUGAUCGUUGCAGAUGUCCUGACGGAUUCACUGGACAGUAUUGUGAACAAGUCAUGCCUGGAUACGGAGCCACUUGUGGUGGAAGAGUCAGUUUGACAAGGGCAACCACCAAAAUCUCGUCUCCCGGAUAUCCAAGAGAAUUCAAAGAAGGACAAGAGUGCUCUUGGCUUCUUGUUGCUCCACCAGGUCAUAUUGUGGAGUUCCAAUUUAUUGGAGAAUUUGAAAUGUAUUGCAAAGUUAGACAUUCUUUGUGUAUGGAUUAUGUUGAAGUUAGAAACACUACGGAUUUCGCAAAUACUGGAAUGAGAUAUUGUUGUUAUGGAACUCCACCAACGAGAAUUCGAUCUGCAACUACUGAUAUGGUGGUUUUGUUCCGAAGCUUCUACAGAGGUGGCAAAGGAUUCGAAGCAAGAGCAAGAGCAGUUCCAGAGGCGGGUAGCUGGAAUGCCUGGAGCCCAUGGACAGCUUGCUCAGCAUCAUGUGGAGCCUGUGGAAGCCGCAUGAGAACCCGAACUUGUCCCCCUGGAAAUGCAUGCUCUGGGGAACCAGUGGAAACUCAAGUGUGCAACACUCAAGCUUGUACGGGUAUGUGCCAACAGAAGCGAGAGGAAGAGGGACAAUGUGGAGGUUUCCUUUCUUUGCUACGAGGCGUCCGUUGUAGACAAGAGAAAACUGUGAUGGCUCCUUGCGAAAAUGCAUGUUGCCCGGGGUUUACACUUCAACGCGGAAGAUGUGUCCGGUGA